AUGUCCAAAGAGAAGGGAAUGGUUUUGACGACAGCGAGCAUUGCUUUUGCCCGGUUCAGCGAAAAAAACAAGCUGUUGGUUGUUGCUCUUUUGGCGAUGUGGUUUUACCGGUAA